GUGGAGUACAGCCAUCUCCAUCAAUAGGAAAGAUUCCAUUAUCCUUUUCAGUAUCUAUACCUUCAGGGUGCAAUGGCAGCUGAUCUUCAAGUCUUAAUUCAGAAAUUUCAAAACCUGUCAGAAGAUGAUCUGAAAGAAGAAGACAUAAACGUGUUUCUGGUGACUUGUCAGCAGUGCCUAGAGGAGGAGCAACUGACAGCAGUACUGGAGAUAAUCCAAGAUGGGAAGAACCAGGCAUUCAUCAGAAGUACAGGGUGGAAUCUCAUUGGACCCAUAACAAAGUGCAUGCUCAAAAAUGAACCUGGCAGUGACAAAGAGAAAACCUGUUUGCAGAUGAUUGAUGGCCUAGCACAGUUAUGCAUUCCAAAGGAGAUCUUGCUGGGUAUUCUUGAACAGAUUGAGGAAGCAACAGGAGAUCUUAUAUCUCGGAUUAUCUUGCCAUUGCUUCAGCCUCUGCAGACAGUACUCCUGAAACUUGGAAGCAAGAAGUCCUACUCCGUGGGUCUGUCUUUGUCCACCAUCCAUUCUCGGAUAUCCUGUCUGCCAGUACCAUACACUGUUGAGCAGAUUAAAGAAGACAAGCAUUCUCUUUGCCGGUGCUGUCUUGCCUUACUUCAGUUUGUACAGCCAUUUGUUGAUCUCAUAUCACAGACCACAGACAUUACCAAGGAGCAGGAUAUUCAGGAGAUGAGGAAGGAGCUCCUGACAUUCUGUUUUAGUUGCUUGAAGUUUCCUCUUCUCACGGCUCAGCUCAAAUUGGCAGAAGAUGAUUUAGAUGACAAUCCCUUCCGCUCAUUUGCUGAAGGCAUCAUGGGUGUUCUUCUAUCAUUGGGUGAAUCUCUACCAAAAGCAUGUAUGCAGCACAUUCCCAAAGCUGAAAGUCUGGAGACUGAGGAAGCAGUGCCAGAGAAGGAGACAUACACUGCUGAGGCUGUGGCCUACCUCUCUUACCUGUUGUUUGUUCAUCAUAUCGGCAUGGACAAUUUCCCAUUUGUCUUUGGGCCAUCAUUUGUACUGAAGUCUAGCAUGGAACAUAUUGAUGUGUUGCUAAAAAGGACAGAAGAAUCUGUAUUAUCCAAAGGGCUUGAGUUGUUGGAGCACAGUUUACGAAGAGUGGAUAAUGAAAGCCUCCAUGAAGAGUUGUUGGAGAUUAAAGCAGUGGGUCAGGUUAUACAGGAUUUGGUGAAGGUGAUGACACUGUGUCCUAUUGAACAUCUGAGGAAGAAAAGUCUGACAAUGUUACAAUUGUUGAUUGACAAGUUCUGUGUGGAAGGAAAAUAUAGGUUAUUCAGGUGUCUGCUGAAGACGAGUAACCAUUCGGGUGUGGAGGGUUACAUCAUACACAACAUUAAGAAUCAAAUAGACUUAGCACUAAAGACUGACACCCAAAACCGGUGGUUCUUAGGCACUCGUCUCACCCCACUUCUGCAUAUGGUGCUCUCACUUCCUGAAGAAGCAGAAACUGAUCUACUACAAAAUUCUGACAGAAUUAUGGCUUCUCUCAACCUUCUGAGGUACUUGGUUAUCAAGGAUGAUGAAUUCAUAAAUGAAACUGGAGUAUGGACAGAACUACAUAAAAUUGAAGCGCAGUUCUUGAGGCCUCUUCACACCGGGCUUAGCAUGUCCAGAGCUCAUUAUGAAGCAGAAGUAAAAAACACAAAUGAGAAAAAGAAAGGGCCGCAUUCUAAAACCCUUUGUUCUGUGAGCGCUGGAGGGACCAAGUUGCCUGACAUGACUCCUGCAAUGCAGCUUCAGGUUCUACAGUCAGCUCUUUUCACAUUUGAUUUAAUGGAAAGUGUCCUAGCCAGAGUCGAGGAGCUCAUUGAAGUGAAACUAAAAUCUGCGCCAGAGGAGAAAAUUGGGUCAAGCAAAGAUGUUUAACUUGUUCUGUUCUGUAUUUAUCAUCAACUCUUAGGCAUUAAAAAUUUUAUAAGAUGAAGAUUCAGCUGAUUUUCACUAUACUUGUCCAAGUUUUUAAAACGUUUUUUCAUUAAAUAUGCGUUA